CUCUGGAGGGAAUGAUGCAGCCAGCCGGCUGGAAAGGUGCAGCACAGACAAGCGCCAGGAAGUCAACUCAAAGUCAAAGGAAGAAAAAAGGGGUUCACACCGCGGGGUGGCCGCCCCCUCCUCCCGCACACUGUUGUGACUGCACCUGCUGCAUGUGACCAGUGGGCACUGAAGGCAGCAGCAGCCACAGCAGUGGUGACGAGGCAGCCGCAGCCCUGCCAGCUCCCGCCCAGCUCUCAUUGAGAAAAGGGAGCGGGCGCGGAGGAGGGGAGAGGCUCCCUGCAGCGCUGGCUGCCUCUUCCGAGGACCCAAGGCGUCUCCAGGAAUGGGCACUUGACUGUUCUGACGUGGCGAUUCCCUCGGGAGCCCCCGGAGUUUGAAGACGGAAGGGAAAAGGGAGGAGAAGCCUGCGGAGAGCGUCCGAGGAUGAGGGGUGCUCUAAAAGGGACAGGGGGGCCCUUUGGAAAGAAUCCGUCACGCACUGAAGUGCGUUCUGGAGAAGGUGCCAUUAUUUGCCUCCCCUGUUGCUCAGAGGAAAGGAGCCAGCAAGGACGGCCCUGACGCAUUCCUCAGGGUCCUGUUUGUCACUGUUGCUCUGUCCCCUUGCACAUGGCUAUUUGCUGACCUUUCCCGAAGAAUCUCAGUGCCCCCAGUUCCAGCUGAGAAGACAGUUCUUAAUAAAAAAAACAAAAAUCCUGCUGUCUGAAUGGGAGGCGCAGCUUGCUUGCUGCGGUUCUUUUUGCUGUGCUAUUUUGGAAUGGCUGCAGAAAUUUUUAAAAAAAAAGAAAAUCCUUAAAAACUCUCUGGAUUAGGCAAGAGAAAAGGAAGUGUGUUUUCUUGUGCCAAAAAGAAGUAAAUGAGAGGUGGUAACGUACCCCUGUUUCAGGACUUGGAGGAUGAAAACCUAUGAGUUGUAGGAGUCAGCACUUAAGACCUGACAAAUAAACAAACAUGAGAAGGAGUGGCUGUGGGGUAUCCUACCGAGGCAGGUCUUAAAGGAAGCUGAGACUGUCAGAACUUUGGGCCUGUAUGAUGCCUGAAGACCGAAAUGUGGGGGGGCGCCCCUCAGGUGCCUUAGCGUCAACUCCUUUCAUUCCUAAAACUACAUACAGAAGAAUCAAAAGAUGUUUUAGUUUUCGGAAAGGCAUUUUUGGGCAGAAACUGGAGGAGACUGUCCGUUAUGAGAAGAGAUAUGGGAACCGCCUGGCUCCCAUGUUGGUGGAGCAGUGCGUGGACUUCAUCCGACAGAGGGGGCUGAAGGAAGAGGGGCUCUUCCGGCUGCCAGGCCAGGCUAACCUUGUCAAGGAGCUCCAGGAUGCCUUUGACUGUGGAGAGAAGCCAUCAUUUGACAGCAACACGGAUGUGCACACAGUGGCGUCACUUCUCAAACUGUAUCUCCGAGAACUUCCAGAACCAGUGAUUCCUUAUGCGAAGUAUGAAGAUUUUUUGUCAUGUGCCAAACUGCUCAGCAAGGAAGAGGAAGCCGGCGUGAAGGAAUUAGCAAAGCAGGUGAAGAGCUUGCCAGUGGUCAAUUAUAAUCUCCUCAAGUAUAUUUGCAGAUUCUUGGAUGAAGUACAAUCCUAUUCAGGAGUUAACAAAAUGAGUGCACAGAACUUGGCCACUGUCUUUGGCCCUAAUAUCCUGCGCCCUAAAAUGGAAGAUCCUUUGACUAUCAUGGAGGGCACUGUGGUAGUCCAGCAAUUGAUGUCAGUGAUGAUUAGCAAACACGAUCGCCUGUUCCCCAAAGAUGCAGAACUGCAAAGCAAGCCCCAAGACGGAAUGAGCAACAACAACAAUGAAGUUCAGAAGAAAGCCUGCGUGGGUCAGCUACAGAACAAAGAGAACAACAAUACCAAGGACAGUCCUGUUCGGCAGUGCUCUUGGGAGAAGUCCGAAUCUCCCCAGAGAAGCAGCGUAGAUAAUGGCUCCCCCACAGCCCUGUCAGGCAGCAAAACCAACAGCCCAAGGAACAGUGUUCACAAGCCAGAUGUCUCUAGGAGCCCCCCUCUUCUGGUCAAAAAGAACCCCGCCUUCAAUAAGGGCAGCGGGAUUGUCACCAACGGGUCCUUCAGCAGCAGCAAUGCAGAAGGUCUUGAGAAAACCCAAACCACCCCCAAUGGGAGCUUACAGGCCAGAAGGACCUCAUCACUGAAGAGCUCUGGCACCAAAAUGGGCACCCACAGUGUACAGAACGGAACAGUGCGCAUGGGCGUUUUAAACACCGACUCACUCGGGAACCCCAUGAACAGCCGCGGCAUGUCCUGGCUGCCCAAUGGCUACGUGACCCUGAGAGAUAACAAGCAGAAAGAGCAAACAGGAGAGUCAGGCCAGCACCACAGGCUCUCCACCUAUGACAACGUCCAUCAGCAGUUCUCCAUGAUGAACUUUGAUGACAAACAGAGCGUUGACAGUGCCACCUGGUCCACUUCCUCCUGUGAAAUCUCCCUCCCUGAGAACUCCAACUCCUGCCGCUCCUCCACCACCACCUGUCCAGAACAAGACUUUUAUGGUGGGAACUUUGAGGACCCUGUUCUGGAUGGGCCCCCGCAGGACGAUCUUUCCCACCCUGGGGACUAUGAAAACAAAAGUGACCGGAGGAGUGUGGGAGGUCGAAGUAGUCGCGCCACCAGCAGCAGCGACAACAGUGAGACGUUUGUGGGUAACAACAGCAGCAACCACAGUGCGCUGCACAGUUUGGUGUCCAGCCUGAAGCAGGAAAUGACCAAGCAGAAGAUAGAGUACGAGUCCAAGAUAAAGAGCUUAGAGCAGCGAAACUUGACGUUGGAAACAGAAAUGAUGAACCUCCAUGAUGAACUGGAUCAGGAGAGGAAAAAGUUCACAAUGAUAGAAAUCAAAAUGCGGAACGCAGAGCGAGCGAAAGAAGACGCUGAGAAAAGAAAUGACAUGCUUCAGAAAGAAAUGGAGCAGUUUUUCUCCACAUUUGGGGAGCUGACGGUGGAACCCAGGAGACCCGAGCGAGGAAACACGAUAUGGAUCCAGUGAGCCGGCUGUCUCCCGCUGUCUCUGGUGGAUCUGGGAAGGACUUUGGGGUUCCUGUGGGAGGAUUAUGUGGGAUCAGGUGACAGGUCACCUGGCUGUACAGUGCUCUAACUGGUGAAGGAAUAUCAUUUACAGACAUUACCCAUCCAUAUCUGCAACGUGUACCAAAGUUAUAUCACGCCCCAUAUGCUACUGUCAAGUGUUACAACUGGAUAUGUGUAUAUAGAGUAGUUUUUUGAAAAGUAAACUAAAAACGAGAAGCAUAUCUCAAGAAUUAUUUUAUUGCAAGUCUUGUAUUUAAAAUGUUAAUUCAAUAUGUUGUUGCAAUUUAGCUUGCUUUCAAGCUUCACCCCUUGCACUUAACAUAAGCUAUUUUUGGCAUUGUGUUAUCAUCAGCUUAUUUUAUAGAUCAAUAUUUUUAUUUCCCUUUUUUUGCUGAGGAAAUGAAGAUAAGCAGAUAUAUAAAAAUAUAUAAGUAUAUAUAUAUAAGAUGAGUUAUUAAAAGCAAAAGAAUACUUUGUGGCUGUGCUGUUUGUGCCAAUAGACCUUACCAUGACCAAAAAAAGAAAUGUAAAUCAUUCUAUGAAAUACAGUGGAAUCACCAGGAACCUUUGAACUGCUCUGUAAAUUCUUCCCUUGACACUGCUCAGUUUGCUUUGCGAUGAUUUGGCACAGGGCAUGUUGGAUGUGGAAAAAAGCCCCUUUUUCCAGCCCCCUGGUCUGCCUGGUCAGGUCCACAGAUGCCUGUCUGCUACGCAGGGUGCACCUUAGAGGGGCAACAUGGGAAAGAAAAACAUUUCACCAGUCAUGCCUUGAGUUACUCUGUCGUUCUGGCCUGAGUCUGUAACUGCUGGACGGUUACCUGAGAAAUUCUUCCUGCCCUUUGAGAGUUAGGAAAAAGGCUAAAACCCCUUGCCCCACCCCUGCAAUGCCAUUUUCUGAGCACCUGCCUUUCACUCAGACCUCUCCCCCACCCCCAGGUAACUGCACUUUGGGGCUUGUCACCCUCAGUGAAAUAGUAGUUCUGUGUCCCUCUCAGUUAAACCACUAGCGUGUGUACCACAAAGUGGCAUUCUCCUCUCAGUCAGGCUCACUGUUCUGUUGUCACCUGGGAUUCUCUCUGAAGGACACAGAGGGCAAAGGCAUUCUGCAGCAAGAGAGAGGUGAUGGAGGGAAAGGGGACCAGAAGGAGGAGGAGACAGAAGAAAUGAACUAACAAUUUUGCUUCUGAUUUUCACAGUAUUGUUUUUCCCUGUUGGAAACAUAGUCAUUCACAGUAAUUUUCAAAUGAGAAUGCUUCAAGGUCCAAUUUUGAUGAAUUUGUGAACAUUAGUGAUGAUAACUUUCUAGAGAAUCUCAUGUUUCUCAGGAGUGAGAGUUUGGGGAGAACAGUUCUUCACACAUCAAUAGGACAAUGCUUUUAUGAAACCAAACAAAUAUAUCUUUCUCAAAGGAAAACAGAAAGUCACCUUUAAAGCAUAAUUGGAAAUAAACACCACUUGAGUUUAUGGGA